AUGCAUGAAAGAAAAACUGGUGAUGAGGACAUUUUUUAUAGUAAUAAUGACCAUGUAAAUCUUUCCAAAAACAACGAAAACAAAGAUUCAAAUCAUGAGGACGAUGAUUUCGACAUGAUACGAUUGGCAAUAUUAUGGCAAUAUUAUGGUUACCAUUUAGACGAAAAAAAUCAUCCGAUUCAGAAAAAGUAUUUUUGGGAGAAUGUUGUAAAUGAUUUAAUAAGUCAAAAAUUCAAUGUUAAUAAAAUCCAGUGUCAAAAUAAAUGGACGAGCCUGUAUCAAAGUUAUAAAUCCUGUAAGGACAAAACGGGACGAGCUCCAGAUUCAUUGAAAUUUUACAACGAGAUUGAUAAAUUCCUGGGACAUAAACCAGCAAACUCGUCGCAACAUUCACUGGGUUCGUUACCGAAGAAAAAUAAUGAAGAAAAUAAAGAAAACAAAGAAAAUAUGAGCAAGAAAAUUGGAGGUAAAAAAGGGUCUGACAAGAAGAAAAAACGCUCUGAAGAUGACGAAGAAAGCAGACUUUCACUGAAGAAAGCAAAACUUGAAUUGGCGCAAGAAAAAUUAAAAGUGGAAAAGAAAAAGUGUGAAUUAAUAAGAAAAUAUAUUCAACUUCGAGAGGGGUGGCUUGAAUUAAAAUUUAAAAUAAACUACUUGUUUAUUUGUAAUUAAUUCUUUGGUUAAUAUUCUACCAUAUAAAUAAGUUAUUGAGAAGAUACGGAGUUCUGGAGUCGUUUAAGUUGACCGU